GCGGAAUUAGCCCGGAUGACAUCAGCUUCCCAGCCCCCCGGGCGGGCCCAGCUCAUUGGCGCGGCGGCCCCUCCAGGACCCGCACAUUGUUCCCCGCCCCCGCCUCGGCCUCGGCCACCGCCGCCGUCGCCGCCGCCACCGGGCUAUAAAAACCGGCCAAGCGCCGAAAGGUGCGGAUGCUUAUUAUAGACCGACCCGACGUCAGCGCGCGGAGCCCGGUUCUCUGCUGCGGCUUUGGGGAACCAGCUCCUCUAAUUGCAUCCACAGAGGUGUGCGUGGAAGCUCUGAGGGCUAAGGGAGGGAGGACCCUGCGAAAGCGCGACUAACCCUAGGGGCCAUGGACUCGGACGCCAGCCUGGUGUCCAGCCGCCCAUCGUCGCCAGAGCCCGAUGACCUUUUUCUGCCGGCCCGGAGUAAGGGCAGCGGCGGCAGCGGCUUUACGGGGGGCACCGUGUCCUCGUCCACACCGAGCGACUGCCCGCCGGAGUUGAGCGCCGAGCUGCGCGGCGCCAUGGGGGCGGCGGGCGCGCACCCCGGGGACAAGCUGGGCGGCGGCGGCUUCAAGUCAUCCUCGUCCAGCACCUCGUCGUCCACGUCGUCAGCGGCCGCGUCGUCCACCAAGAAGGACAAGAAACAGAUGACAGAGCCUGAGCUGCAGCAGCUACGCCUCAAAAUCAACAGCCGCGAGCGCAAGCGUAUGCACGACCUCAACAUCGCCAUGGAUGGGCUGCGCGAGGUCAUGCCCUACGCGCACGGCCCGUCCGUGCGCAAGCUCUCCAAGAUCGCCACGCUGCUGCUGGCGCGCAACUACAUCCUCAUGCUCACCAACUCGCUGGAGGAGAUGAAGCGGCUGGUGAGCGAGAUCUACGGCGGCCACCACGCCGGCUUCCACCCGUCCGCCUGCGGCGGCCUGGCGCACUCGGCGCCCCUGCCCGCCGCCACGGCCGCGGUGUCCAGCGCCUCCCUGCCCGGCUCCGGGUUGUCGUCGGUCGGCUCUAUUCGGCCCCCGCACGGCCUGCUCAAGUCUCCAUCGGCGGCAGCGGCGGCCCCGCUGGGGGGCGGAGGCGGCGGCAGCGGGGGCAGCGGCGGCUUCCAGCACUGGGGCGGCAUGCCCUGCCCCUGUAGCAUGUGUCAGGUGCCACCGCCGCACCACCACGUGUCGGCCAUGGGCGCCGGCAGCCUGCCGCGCCUCACCUCCGACGCCAAGUGAGCUGGCCGGUGCCGGCGCGUCCUGGCGAGCGGGGGGACCCAGAGGCUGCGGGGAAGCAAGGACCGGCCGGCGCUGGGGUCUGGGAACUCAGUUCCGAGGAGCAGCGCGGGACCAUGGGCUCGGGUGGGGGCGAUGGUGAGGACUCCAACACUGGGGAAUCGAAGCAAUGGGGGCGCGCGCUGAACAGUGGGAAGUGAGAGGGGCGUUCGCUCCGGGACCUGGUUCAGCCCUCUCCGGCUUUAAACAGCGCUGGUCCAGCAGACACCGUUUUAUAAGAAGGCACCGCUGUGUGCAUCCCUCCUUCGACCCCUUCCUCCCCCCCCAAAAAAGUUGAUUCUAUAAACUGUGGUUUCCCCUCAACAAAGUUUCACUCGGCGCGGGCGGCACUUCGUUACCUGGGGUGGGGGCGUUGGGGACUUCCUCUCCUUCCUCCUUUCUUGGCGGGUAGGAGACACACGGGAGCCGCACUCCAGGAGCGCCGUCAGGCCUCGCCCUCAAGGGUCGUCCCUGGCCCCGGGCCAGGGGCUGCGAGUUAGUUAGAAGCUGGCGUUCGGUACCAGAAGCACUUACGGUCGUGUCCGAUCUCGAUAUCUGGGUAAACCCACAACCUCUGAGAACUGUUGCCAUUUCUCCCUGUCGCUCCUGUUGGUUUGAGGAUGUGUGGUUUUCCAAUAAAUCUUUCGAUAUUCCUUUUUCAACAGCACGAACAAGCUUUGUAGACGGUCAGAAUAGAACCACUUGUGGAUUGGAAUAACCUAAAACUGUCGACUUUGGGGGCGGGUGUUUUUUAGUUAUUUU